AAUUAUAGCGCUAGCAUGCGCUUUGAGAAAAGAGGAGGUUCUUGAAUAGUAUUUUAUUUAUUUCUUUGGUUCCAGUACAAAAAAUAAUAACAGUGUUAUAUUUCACAGGGACUUCAUUUAUUAUCAUUGUCCGCUCACGCAAGAAAACUGGAUAAGAUUACAGUAGGAAUUCAAAAGCCAACGCGAAGGGGAGGAGGAUGAAGCGGCGCAAUGCGGACUGCAGCAAACUCCGGCGGCCGUUAAAACGGAACCGAAUCACCGAGGGUAUAUACGGCAGUACCUUCCUGUACCUGAAGUUCCUGGUGGUGUGGGCACUGGUGCUACUGGCAGACUUUGUGCUCGAGUUCAGGUUUGAGUACCUGUGGCCCUUCUGGCUGUUCAUCAGAAGUGUGUAUGACUCCUUCAGAUACCAGGGGCUGGCGUUUUCAGUGUUCUUUGUGUGUGUGGCGUUUACCUCCGACAUCAUAUGCCUGCUCUUCAUCCCCGUACAAUGGCUGUUCUUUGCUGCCAGUACCUACGUGUGGGUGCAGUAUGUAUGGCAUACAGAGAGAGGGGUCUGUCUCCCCACAGUGUCUCUUUGGAUACUAUUUGUGUACAUAGAGGCAGCCAUCAGAUUCAAAGACCUGAAGAACUUCCAUGUCGACUUGUGUCGCCCAUUUGCUGCACAUUGCAUUGGCUACCCGGUGGUGACGCUGGGCUUUGGCUUCAAGAGCUACGUCAGCUAUAAAAUGCGCUUAAGAAAGCAGAAGGAGGUGCAGAAGGAGAAUGAGUUCUACAUGCAGCUCCUGCAACAGGCCCUGCCCCCAGAGCAACAGAUGCUACAGAGACAAGAGAGGGAAGCGGAGGAAGCUGCAGCAGCUAAAGGGAUAUCCGAGGUGGACUCCGCCCCAGUCUCACAGAAUGGAGCACUUGUCGGUAAAAAGACGCCAGCACCGCUACCGGAGCUGGAGUACAGAGAAAAAGGGAAAGAGGGCCGUGACGCCAAAAAGCAACACAAUAGCAUCCUGCCGUCAUCGGUAGACUCUAAACUCCAGGAGAUGGAGUACAUGGAGAACCAUAUGAACAACAAGAGACUGACCACAGAACUGGUGGGCAGCACGGAGAACCUGCUGCUGAAGGAGGAGAACUCUUCUUCCUCCUGCUCCUCCUCCUCAUCCUCCUCCUCGAAAAACUACAAGAACGCUAGUGGCAACACUGCAAUUAACUCCUCGCCCCGCGGACACAGUGCCACCAACGGCAGCAUCCCCUUGGCCGCCCCUCCCUCCUCUUCCUCUGGGAAGAAGCAGAAGUGUGCAGUGGGGAAGGGUCCAGCAGCGGGCUCCCACAGGGACCCAACAGACAACUGCAUCCCCAACAAUCAGCUGAGCAAGCCUGAGGCGCUCGUACGGCUGGAGCAGGAUGUGAAGAAGCUGAAGGCGGACCUGCAGGCCAGCAGACAGGUGGAGCAGGACUUGCGCAGUCAGAUCGGCUCCCUGAGCAGCGCUGAGCGCUCCAUCCGCUCUGAACUGGGCCAGCUGCGACAAGAGAACGAGCUGCUGCAGAACAAGCUCCAUAACGCUGUCCAGGCCAAGCAAAAGGACAAACAGGCUGUGGGCCAACUGGAGAAGAGGCUGAAGGUUGAGCAGGAGGCCCGCACCAAUGCAGAGAAACAGUUUUCAGAUGAGAAGAAACGCAAAAAGCUGGAAGAGGCCACCACAGCUAGAGCUGUCGCACUAGCAGCAGCAUCCAGGGGGGAGUGCACAGAUACGCUGAGGAGGCGGAUCACGGAACUGGAGACUGAGUGUAAGAAGCUGACCAUGGAUAUCAAGCUCAAAGAAGACCAGAUCAGAGAGCUGGAGAUGAAAGUACAGGAGCUCCACAAGUAUAAAGAGAAUGAGAAGGACACAGAAGUGCUGAUGUCAGCGCUGUCGGCCAUGCAGGAUAAGACCCAGCACCUGGAGAACAGCCUGUCUGCAGAGACCCGCAUCAAACUGGACCUGUUCUCAGCACUGGGUGAUGCUAAGAGACAGCUGGAGAUCGCACAAGGUCAGAUCCUGCAGAAGGACCAGGAGAUCAAGGACCUGAAGCAGAAGAUAGCUGAGGUGAUGGCUGUCAUGCCCAGCAUCUCCUACACAGCUGACAGCAGCAACAUGACUCCUGUGGUCCCCCACUACUCCUCCAAGUUCAUGGACACCAGUCCCUCCGGCCUGGACCCCAACGCCUCUGUCUACCAGCCCCUCAAAAAGUGAACGCUCCUUCCACCCUCUUCAUUUCUUUUUUCAAGCCCACCUCCAGAUUUGCUUGUCAUGUCUGCGGCUGAGAACUUUAUUUUUUUUUGGGGGGGGGGGUCUGAAGGAUGUUGUAUUGUGACUGUAUUUGUUGUAGUUAAAACAAAAAAAGGUCUAUGGGACAUCUCAUGUCGACUAGGAAUUCACAGUUAUUUUUCUUCUUGUAAAUGUCUAGUGAAACCUCACAGAAUUGGGCGUGUAUCUUAUCUAGGGCGUUUCAGCCCCCCCCCCCCCCC